CUCAAAAGCCCAUCAAUCUCUUUAAUGAAUCUCCUUCUCCCCUUUGAUCGCAGCGGAGAUAAUAUGCAGAUGAAUCUGCCCUCACAGCAUAAAAAAAAGAAGCGAUAUGAUGACGAGAGAUUCUUUGUGGCAAUGUGUGAAGCUUCCCAAAUUACUCACUUCCCUCACACUUCGCAUAUAUCAAUGCUGAUAUUGCAAAUUCACAUUCCUUUUUCUCUCCUCUCAAGGCGAUUCUCUCUCGACUGUUCCAAAUAAUUGACAAACAUUUUCCAGAGAAAGCUAAUUGAGUACAACUUCUUACUUUAAUGACUCGCCCUUGUUUUUCAUCUCUUGAGCCAUCGUUGGCUCAAGUCCAAGCUGACUUUAUCUAUUUUGUCUCCUAACAAUUUUCAUUGCGCCUUUUUGUUCAUCCUCCUCAUCGGCGAUAUGCGAAAAGUCUCAUGAGUUUCAUGGUGUUUUUGUCAUCUCAACACACAACUCAAGAAUGAACGCGCGUCUCAAUAUUCGCAUGAAAAUAUCGCGCGAAUUUCACAUGGCACAAAGGCAGUGUUGGAGGAAACCAUGUGUCUCAAUCAUUCCCUCGCUCAUUUUUAUCACAAUCCCGUGUAUUUUCUUGUACGAAACAUCCAAAAUGUCUCUUAUUUUAUUUUCCUUUGCCUCUUUUAUUUCAUUUUCUUUAUAGAUUUUUCUCUCUCUCUCUUUCAUUUUUGCUCUCUUCAGCUGUUUUGGUCGCGAUAAUGGAGGCUUUUGGCAAAAACAUUGAACAGUGAGGAAGAAAUGACUUCAUACGCUCACCACUAUCAUGCAUCAUUCUAAUUUCGAUUCUAAAUCGAAACCAUUUGUGGAUUCACGUUCCUCAUCCUCGUCCACCUCAUCGGGAUUCUCCCUGUUUCGCUGGUUCCGCCGAAACGAGCGCAUCAGAUCCAAAGUCACCCCCAUUUCAGAGCCCACAGACAAUGGCCAGAAGUUCAACAGUUCGGAAACACUGAGUCCACCGGAAAGUCCAAAUCUCAGUCGAGGAUACAAGUCACAGAGCUCUAGCUGUGAUAGCAUUUUGAGCACAGAAACAACAGGAUUUGCUUUUGUGCCCGUCACAUCCUUCCAUCCGCCCACAGAAGCUGACAAUCAGCCACACAAAGCAUCUGGGAGUGAUUUGGACACUUUCCGAAGGCGUAUCUUAGAGCAAAAGCGCAAUAGACAAGUGGAGUUGAAUUUGACCAAGAAGUACGGACUCUACGCGACUGACACUCUCAAAUCCGUCCGGGAAGAUGCCGAGAGAGUGGAAUACUCUGAUCUGAGCCUGCCCACGCCAGAUAUUCCAGCGAGAUCUCAUCGAAGAAGUCACAGCGAGUCCUCAUCGAGAACACGAGCGGCCAAAGUGCACGUGAAGGGGAAGAGAAAAGCACCACAGCCGCCAAAGACUGCGGACACAACGCUUCAAUCACCCGCCUCGACUCUCGGCCGGAAGAAGCGAAGGGCGCCACAGCCGCCAGAAGCUGUGGAAAAUGCCCCAAAAUCCAUCCUCGCGGGUGGUCUCUUGGACGACAGGGAAAUUCAGGCAAUUCUCGGAGGAUCCACAAAAGUCAGCGAAACAAUGGAUCGCAUUCGCAUGCCGGGCAAAGUCGAUGAGGAAGUAAUCGCCAAUGACACUCUCAAGCUCGAGAAGGGAGUUCUGAAGGCGAUAAAGCCCGUGGAGGCGAAGGAAGAAGCCAAAGUCACAACGCCAUCAUCGCCAAUCUCGCCUCGUCCAUGGUAUAAAAGACCCCUGAGUGGUAAUCGCGACACCUCAAUCCCCUUCAAGAAAGAGGUUAUUCUGCGCACUGUGGACAAGAGACGCAAUCGCGAGGCAAAAAAUAAAGAUGACGAUGCGCUACCAGAAGUCAACUACUCCAGAAAUUCUUCCCUCUUCGAUCACAGCAAAUUUGGUCUCUUCUCGCGACAUCACAACCGUGAAGAGACGAAGCGUCGAUCAGGCAUUGGAAUACCAAAUAUCAGUGAACUCGAUCGAGAGGCAGCUGAGAUUGUGCAGCAAGAGAAAUCCCGCGGACUGAGUCCUCCACAGGCACUCAUUCUCAGGCCACAGAUGUUCGCUUCGCCACAAUCAUCACUUGACGAUGAUGACGAUGAGGAUGCGCCCAGGAAGUCAACAAAGGAGCUCAUCUCGAAAUUCGAGGCAUCCUCGAAUGGCGCUCGCAUCACACUCAACACGUCAUUUAUUGGGCGUACAGAUAACUUUGUCGACAGCCGUGCGAGAGUGACUGCAAACGAAGAGACUAUAAAUAAAGCAGAUGGACUGGUGAACUCUCCAAUGGCACAGAAACGGAGUAUUUUUAGUGACACUCAGAGGAGUCCACCGAAUUCACCAGAAGCCAAGGCCCCAAUUGAGGGGAGGGAUGACUUGAAGUCCAUCGGGAUCUGGACAUGCCCGUACUGCACUCUUGAGAAUCCCAACUGGAGAAUCCUCUGUGAGGUCUGCGAAAGAAUCAAGCCCUACGACAAGCGUCUCGUGAAUCUCAUUGAGCCGGAGAUAAAGUCACCAACGAGUCAGCAAGUGCGACCAAUUCCGGUCACUAAACCGUCCUCACCUAAAGAAAAUUGGGAACGAAAGGCAGAAAUUGUCAAGAGAUACUUUAGUCCCGGUCAAGGUUUAAACUCACUGGCAAAGUCAGCCUCAGAAACUUCAAUUGGCAACAAACAGCAACAGAAGAGAACUUCUCCCAGCAAAUUGAUCGGUUCACCAAAGUUUGGUUUGCGCGGAUUCAUUCAGCGAUACUCCCCCGAAAAGACCAAGAUCGACAAAGUGGUGAACGAAGAGGACAGCGAUGUGGAUCAGAAUGAAUUCACUGCCAUAUCAAUGGGCAGAGAUGGAACACCAGAUUUGGAGGAAUUGAGGCAAGUGCGAUUGAAUCGAUUCAGAAUGGAGAAAGCAGUGAAUCCUCUGACUGACCGAGACUCUCUGGAGAAGGAGAAGAAGCGUCUCAGAGAGAUGAUAAGAGCCAUGAAUGCCAAGGCUUUGGCAGAGAAAUACCCUGUUAUACAGAAGGCAGCAUCCUUAGAUGAAGCAUCGUCGCCACCAUCAAAGGGAGCCAUAAGGAAAACUUACCCAAAGACUGAUCUAGUCACUGAAGAGAUAAGACAAGAACCCGAGAAAUCAUCCAAAGUCUCCAGUUCGGCACAAACUGGAGCCAUUCUUAAGAAGACACCAACACCAGACCCAGAAGAGAAUUCACAGGAGCAACAGAAGAAGCCAACAGAGCCCAUGGAGCCCAUCUAUGUUAAUUUAAAUUGUCAGGUGAAUCAUGUCAAGUUUUCAGAGGUGGAAAAGGCAAAAGUUGAUGAACUUACAGAACAACUGAAGUCAGUUAAGGGACGAGAAGAAUUCAAAGCUACGCUCAAAUUUUCCGAACUCUCUUGUCACACAGACACUUUGGCCAUUAAUAAGAUUAUGAAAUCCCUCGAAAUAGCCAUAGUUGAAGGACAACAUGAACUGGCGGCAACUCUUGCCCAGGAUUUAGCUAAAAUGAAAGUCUCUUUAUCCGUAACGAGACAAAAAUCUCGACCACUCUCCAUUACAGAUAUGGACAUGAAACCAUUCAUGAUUGAUUUGUACGUGGAGGACAAAGUGGCUCAUAAAGGACCUCUGCAGAUAUCCGUAACCACCCAAAUGACUCUCAUGGAACUCAAGGAAAAAGUUUCUAAGGAUUUUAGCAUCCCGACUGAUGUUCAAAGAUGGAUUUUAAACGAUCAAUUAGCCACGGAUGAGGCUAAAAAGCUUAUCGACUACAGCAUAAGAGACAGUUCGGCGGUAAUCUAUCUCUAUCUAGUCACUCCGCCCGCAAGGAAACCUAGUCACAAGGAUCCGAUGAAGUAUUUCCUCGCUGAGGAAGAUCAAUUCAGCAUAUGCGACUCAGAUGAGGAGAUCCAGAACGAAAAAGUCACAGUGGACGAGGGGAUGAAUGAGGAAGUUGGAGCAAUAGCUCUUCCCACACCAGAAGAGACGUCAAACACCCUCGAAAAGGGAUGGUCUUGUCCUCUCUGCACUCUCAUUAAUUCUCCCACUCGCAUGGGAUGCGGAGUGUGUUCUGAGGCUCGUCCUUUGGACUACAUCCUUCCACCAGAAUAUCACAAACUCGAGAAGACACCCGAAGCUUUGAAGGAAAAGGUGGAUAAUGUGAUACUGCGUCCACUAGAGCGGAAAAACGAUCUGAAUCGUGUGAAUCCCAAUAGAAAGUCUGCAGAACUCUUCAAUAUAGUUCAGGAGGAGAUUCGCAUGAGAACUUCGGGUUCUCAAGAGCCUAGUCCCAAUAUUACCAAGAACAAGUACCGAGGAGUUUACAAUUACAAUCCAACCACAAAAUAUACUCAAAUGCCUAGUCGGCAAACGACUGCUAAAAGAGAGCCCAAGAAAAUCGCUCCACAGCCGCCGAGUCUCCACAGAGAACUUCUCAAUCUUGACAAUGCAGAUCUCGUGGCAAAUAUUGAGACAUUUGAGUGUCCAAUUUGUUUUAUGAAAUUUCAACCUGGCGAGGGUGCAAUUCUUCGCGAUUGCCUUCACACUUUCUGUCGCGAAUGCCUUGGGCACACAGUUGAGUACAGCGAAGAUGCCGAAGUCAAGUGUCCCUUCAUGAAUGCCGUCUAUAGUUGCGACUCAGUGUUGCAGGAUCGCGAGAUUAAAGCUCUCGUCACGCGAGAUUUGUAUGAAAAAUAUUUGGCCAAAUCCGUGAGACAGGCUGAACACAAAAUCGAAAAUGCCUUCCACUGCAAGACGCCAAACUGUCGAGGAUGGUGUAUCUAUGAGGACAACGUGAAUCUAUUCAAGUGUCCCGUGUGCAGGAUCACAAACUGCCUCACAUGUCAGGUCAUCCACGACGGUCUCAAUUGCAAGCAGUAUCAGGAUCGGAUGAACAGCGACUGCGACAGCAAUGCAGAUGCUCGGCGCACGAAAGAGAUGCUCGAGAUGAUGGUGGACAAGGGCGAGGCGAUGAAGUGUCCCACAUGCCAAGUUGUCCUGAUGAAGAAGUGGGGCUGCGACUGGCUCAAGUGUUCAAUGUGCAAGACAGAGAUUUGUUGGGUCACUCGAGGACCUCGUUGGGGUCCUGCGGGCAAAGGCGACACUUCGGCGGGUUGCAAAUGUGGCGUGGAUAGCAAAAAAUGCCACCCAAAGUGCAACUACUGCCAUUGAGAAUGCCCGUGAAAACCCUGCAAGGAAACACAUUAAGCAAAUAUUUUAGACUUCUAAAGCGAACAGUGUGAAAGAUUGUGAUUUAACAUUGAAAACAAUAUUUUUUAAAUAAAUAUUUCGAGAAUA